CUCAGAUCUUUGAUCAGCGAACUUGUUUGAGAGAAGUCACAGGAGCCUUUCACGCCUUCAUCAUGGUCGAGUGGACAGACGCCGAGCGCACCGCCAUCACCACCCUGUGGUCCAACAUCGAUGUGGGAGAGAUCGGACCCCAGGCCCUGACCAGGCUUCUGGUUGUGUUCCCCUGGACCCAGAGGUACUUCGGGACUUUUGGAGACCUCUCCACCCCCGCCGCCAUCGCCGGAAACCCCAAAGUGGCCGCUCACGGGAAAGUAGUGAUGGGUGGACUGGAGACCGCCGUGAAGAACAUGGACAACAUCAAGAACGCCUACGCCAAGCUGAGCGUGAUGCACUCCGAGAAGCUCCACGUGGAUCCCGACAACUUCAGGCUUCUGGCUGAGUGCAUCUCAGUGGUUGUGGCUGCCAAGUUUGGCCCCAGCGUCUUCACCGCUGGUUUCCAGGAGGCCUGGCAGAAGUUCCUGGCUGUGGUUGUCUCCGCUCUGGGCCGACAGUACCACUAACCUGGAGUUUCAGAGCCCUGCGAGACGCGCAGCAGCCACCUGUCAUCCUACAGCCAUGUCCUGUUCAAGAGCUGCCUGAAACAUCAAUAAAAACACCUCAAAUUAUAA